AUGGCGCCCGCUAAGGCCAAGGGUCAGAAGAUGAAUCUGACCGAGUUUUUGGGAGUUGACAAGCCGUCUGGUGAUUUCAGCUGGGCUGAUGAGUCCGAGGAGGCUGGCAUGGAGCAGCCCAACGUGCCUGCCGAGCGAAGGAACGAUCGCCCGACCUACGGCGGUUUCGGAAGUGGUGGUUUUGGUAUGGAAACGCCUCAUCUCCCCUCCCUCCCCCCUGGUUGGAAUAUCAAGGCGGCACCAUCUGACGACGAUUACUUAGACCGUGAUUCUCGCGGAGGAUUUGAAAGCCGUGGAUACGAGACUCGUGGCGGAUACGCCGUUCGUGAGCCUCUCGAUCUUCCUACCGAGCCGCCAUUCACCGCACACAUUGGAAACCUGUCCUUCGAGGCCACCGCUGCCGAUGUUACUGAACUUUUUGCUGAAUGUGGUGUCACCAAUGUUCGUAUCGUCGAGGACAGACAGCUCAACCAGCCCAAGGGCUUUGGUUACAUUGAAUUCGAGACCGUCGCUGGCUUGCAAAAGGCCCUGGAACUUUCCGGUACUAACCUGAUGGGCCGUACCAUCCGCACCAGUGUUGCCGAACCUCCCAAGGAAACCCGCGCCGAUCCCCGCGAGAUGGACUGGACUCGCCGUGGCCCUCUUCCCCCUGCUCCCUCGGAGCGACGUGUGCCCGAUCGUUCCAACUUUGGUCGCAACAUGGAUGCCGCGUCCGACGCCGGUAGCGAGCGAGGUGGCCGCCGUAGCAACUUUGAGUCCGAUGGCAAGUUCCGUGACUUUGGCAACUGGGAGCGCAAGGGCCCUCUGUCCCCCCCCGCGGGUGCUGGCUUCCGCGAAGGUGGUCGGCCUCGCAACAAUGAUGGUGCUGCUCCCGCAUGGGGUGAGGGACGCUCGCAAGAUGGCUCCCGGCCGCCGCGCCCCGAUCGUCCCGAGCGAGCCCCUACCGCUGCGGAGAUGGAUAACCAAUGGCGCACCAAGAUGCGGCCUGACGCCGCCCCCAAGGAGCCCACUUCCCCUCCUGCUCCUGCUGCUCGCCCCAAAUUGAACCUGCAGAAGCGCACCGUCACAGAAAACGCCCCCUCAUCUGCCGCAGGUGCUGGUGACUCCAAGGCCAGCCCCUUCGGUGCCGCUCGUCCCAUCGACACUGCGGCCCGCGAGCGCGAGGUGGAGGAGCGUCGCCAACUUGCCCUCCGCCAGAAGAAGGAGAGCGAGGACAAGAUCAAGGCCGAGAAGGCCGAGAAGCAAAAGAAGGAGCCCAAGCCCGGCAUGGACUCCAACAAGGACGCCAUCGAGCCUCCCAAGGGCGGCGGUAACUUUGAGAUCCUUCAACGGGCUGGCGAAGAAGAGACCAACAUGACUGCUGACAAGGAAGCUGAUGAGACACCCGCCGCUCCCGCCGCAGCCACCGAGGAGACCCCCAAGGAGUCUGCUGCCAACGGCAGCUGGCGAGGCGCGGAGGCUCCCGCUGAGGAUAAUGAUGGAUGGAGCACUGUUGAUACGACCAAGAAGCGUGGCCGUCGUGGUGGCCGUUUCUAA